AUGCCGAAUCGUGGUACGAAGUCCGAUGGUAGCGAGAGUGCACCAGCAAAUGAAACGUCGAAGAAAAUCGCCGAUGGAUAUUCCUGUGGAACCUGUGACGGACCUGAUACUGAUGAUAUGGUACAAUGCGAUCAGUGCGACGGAUGGUACCACUACGAUUGUGUUGGAGUAUCAGAUGAAGUUGUCAACCAGAGCUGGAGCUGUACCAACUGCAAACCCGCAACAUGGAUCCAGCGAACUACGUCAACACCGAUGAACCAAUCAACACCAAUCACUGCCAAGAAGAAGCAGGAAUCGAAACGUACUUCAACAGUUCAGGAAACCACAGCAACAACAACGGUUCGUUCGUCUCGUGAAUCAUCGUCGCAGAAGCAGUCUGAUUCAGUGCUAUUGAGGAAUGCAGAACAUACUCUUCAGUCGAGUUCAUGCAAUGACCAAAGAAAGCAGAAAGUCUCUGUGUCGUCAAUAAAAGGAACUUCUAUGGUCAAACUUGAUCAGGCCCUUUCAGAAGUUUCUUGUUCGUCAUCACAGAUAUCCGCUCGUAAUCGUGCCAAACUGCAAUUAAUGAGACUGCAGGAAGAAAAGGAUUUUGAGGAGCGUCAACAGCAUGAAGAAGCAGAACGUCGACGAGUAGCUGCGGAAAAACAAAAAGAGUUCAUUGCCAAGAAGUACGAAAUUUUGGAAAACUUGGCAAGUGACGAGGGAUCCAUCCGGAGUUCCGGUUCCGUAAUUUCUCGAAGUCGAAUAGAAGAAUGGGUCGUAACUGCCAGCCAUACGCAGUUUAAAACCGAUAUGCAUUUAACUGUUCAACAAUCCUCGCAAAAAGGAAAACCUCAAGAACAGAUGCAACAGGAACAAUUUCAGCAGCAAAAACGACUGAUGCAGCAGAGUGAUGAACAACUGGAUCAAGAAGAAAUCCUGUGUGAACAACAAAUAGCAAAUCAAAUGAAAUCUAAUAACAUUUUGCCUUCCAGACAGAUUAUUGCGUCACAAACGAACUUUCUUCCUGAUCCAGUGCGUGGGCAGUCAGUUCGCUUCAACCCGAAUACUCUGCCUCCAUCAUCACAAAUAAGUCGUCCGAGCAGAUCAACUAUGGGUGUACCAUAUGCCUACAACCAGUUCCAGCUUUCAAACUCUCAGAUUGCAGCACGGCAAGCAGUUUCGAAAGACUUACCCACGUUUUUCGGAAACCCGGUAGAAUGA